AUGGCUGUUCAGUCCCGUGUUGAUUCAAUUACGCUGGCGAUGAUGAUGUCCCAUGCUCGGCCUGUUAGAAAAUCUUUGUCGGCCAUACAUAAGUCAAAAUUCUUCUUGAAGUUGGAAACAGUAUCUGAUUCAACAACGCAUGUCGGUAAAUUGUUCCAAAUAGAAAUCACUCUGUUAGAAAACGAAUACUUUCUUGUAUUUGGAACUUUUGAACAUGUAUUCUAUAGCGAUGUUCUCUGGUACGUGGAUCCGCAUCAAAACACAAAGCUGAAGCUCAGUGAACGUUUAAACAAAACCCCCAAAUCGUUUACUUCACCACAAAAAUCCAAGCGUCACACACUCUUGGGUCGUGAUUUCUUCGGACUGGGCAUCUUGCUACUCCUCACUAACAUCCAAACUGUGACAGGAGCAGGUAAAAGUCAUCAUUUUUUUUAUUUUGUUGAGAAAGUUCUUGAGAUGUCAACGAGCUUAAAUUCGCACGAAGCACUUGGGCCACCAGGUUCUCACAAAGUCACCAGAAACUGA